AUGGUGAUGAUGCUCAUGGUUAUAUCCUGCAAUCUAUAUGGAGCACAUUCUGGGGGUUGCAAAGCCAGAGACAUAAGCAUCUCACAAGGGAAAAUUUCAGAGACUGGGAUCCCAAAGUACAGCGUACAGAUUGCGAACGAGUGUUCUUUUGACUGUGCUGCUUCAGACAUCCACGUCCACUGUGGUCAGUUUGCCUCUACAGAAGUUAUGAACCCAGCUGAGUUCAGGAGGCUCUCUUUUGAUGAUUGCUUGGUGAACAACGGACAGCCUUUGAAGCCCCAUCAGCUCAUCAGCUUCACUUACUCCAACACCUUCAUGUACCCCCUUGCUUUCAAGUCCGCAAAGUUUAUUUGCUAA